CUGUGCGUUGUCGUGGCCGGCGCGCUGCUGGUGGUGGUGGCCGGCAUGGCCAACCUCCACCGCGGCGUGGUCACGGCGCUGGGGCUGGCGGGUGUCGGCGCGGCGCUGGCGUUCACCGUGCUGCUGUGGGGCGAGCUCGACGGGAGCUGGUCGCUGUCCUCCACGGUGGACGGCGACAGCGUCACGGCGUUCUACGGCGCGCUGCAACUGGACCGGUUCGCGCUCUUCUUCAAGGGCCUGGUGACCAUCUCGGCGGGACUGGUGCUGCUGGCCUCCUACGCCUACACGCAGCGAUUCGCGGUGCGGGGACCGGAGUUCCUCAUCACCCUGUACGUCGCGCUGGAGCUCUCGACGCUGCCGCUUGUGGCGUUGGCGGCCUUCUCCGGCGGGCAGCGGGCCUCCGAGGCGGGGCUGAAGUACCUGGUUCUGGGGGCGGUCGCCUCCGCCGUCCUGCUGUACGGCAUGGCGCUCACCUUCGGCUACACCGGCAGCACGGUGCUGGAGACGAUGGCGCUCUCGGUUGGCGACGCCGCGCUGGAUGGCUCGCGGCCCUUCGGCGUGCAGGCGCUCGUGGUGGGCGUCGUGCUGAUGGUGGCGGGCUUCGGCUUCAAGGUGGCCGCCGUGCCCUUCCACGGCUGGAUCCCCGACGUCUACGAGGGCGCGCCGACGCCGGUGACGGCCUUCCUCUCGGUCGCGAGCAAGGCUGCGGGCUUUGCCGUGCUCAUGCGGGUCUUCUUCACCGCCUUCGAGCCGCUGGAGGUCGACUGGGCGCUGCUCUUCGCGGGGAUUGCCGCCGCGUCGAUGACCUUCGGCAACCUGGCGGCCAUCGCGCAGACCAACAUCAAGCGCAUGCUGGCCUACAGCACCAUCGCCCACGCGGGCUACCUGCUGGUGGGACUGGCGGCCGUGGCGUCCCGGACUAUGGACGGCGUGACCAUCGGACCGGAGACGGUGCUCUUCUACCUCGGAGGGUACGCCGUGACCAACCUGGCCGCCUUCUUCGCGGUCAUCGCCAUAGCGGACCGCACGGGCAGCGAGGGCAUACCGAGCUUCAGCGGCAUGGGGCGGCGCGCGCCGUGGCUGGCGGCCGCGCUGGCCGUGGCGCUGCUGUCGCUGACGGGCAUCCCGCUGACGGUCGGGUUCAUGGCCAAGCUCUUCGUGUUUGGCGCGGCGGUGAAGGCCGACCUGGCAUGGCUCGUGGCGGUGGGCGCGCUCAACAGCGUGGUCUCCGCCUACUACUACCUUCGCGUCGUGCGGGUCAUGUACCUCGGCGAUCCUUCCGAGGGCGAGCAGCCCGCCCGCGCCCUGCCGCUCGACCUCUCCGUGGCCGUGACUGCGCUGGCCGUCGUCGCGCUCGGCCUGUGGCCGCAGCCCCUCUUCCGCGCCGCUGAGCGGGCGGUGGAGCGGCUCUUCUAG